CGGAAACCGAACUUUUCAUGCUUACUUUACUUUCUCCUCCUGUUCAGCUUCUAGUACACACCCGAUGAAGGGUGUUUUAGUAAAUCACAAACUUGUGAUUCCAAAACCUUCUAGCCCACUCAGAAAGUUUGCAGUUACAGCAUAUAAAUACGUCACCGUCGUCGGCGAAUAAGUUCAGUCAUCAGAAAAAUAAAGAACCAUGGCAAACCUCGAAUCGGAUUCCAUCUUCUCUAAAACCUCAUCUCCUCUCCCAGACGACACCGUUUUCUUCUCAAUCUUCCCCGACUCCUCCUCCUCCGCCUCUCUCCAAUCACUCCACCUCCAAAUCAACGACUUCCUCUCCCCCUUCACUUCCCCUUACAUCUGGCAACACGACCCCUUCUCCCUCUCAAUCUCCCUCUCCACCCUCUCCCCCUCGUGCCCCUGCACCGACGCCACUCCCAUCCCUCACCUCCACGGAAAACUCAAAUACGGCGAUAACCUAGAAGACGAAUGGUUCGCCGUCUUCCUCCUCCUCCGCAUCUCCGCCUCCUUCCCUUCCACCUCACUCCGCGUCUGGGACACCGACGGCGAGUUUCUCCUCAUCGAAUCCGCCUUCCUCCUCCCCCGCUGGCUCAACCCCGAAACCAGCCGCGACCGCGUCUUCCUCCGCGCCGGCGACCUCCACAUCGUCCCCCGUAACCGUCUCCCCAAUCCUUCCUUACUCGAUUCCUUACGGUUUCUUAAAUCCGGGGCCUCCGAAUCAUCUCGCGCAUCGGAUCCGGUUCAAUCGGCGUUGAAGAACCGGGUUUCCGGUUAUCCCGAACGAGCGUGGAGGAGUAUGCAUCGCGUUAGGGUUAAGCUCCCCGUUACUGUAGCGCACGUGCUUAGUCACGAGCCUUCAUUAAUCUCUUUAGCCGUUGAGAGGUUCUACGACCGUGACGUGGAUUUAAUGAAGCACGUGACGAGGAUGGAGAAGUUUUUGAGUAGACGGGAGUUUGUGGUUGUUGUUGUUAAGAUGUCACGUGCGAUGUACGGUCAGUUGAUACAGCAGAAGUUUCAGGCGCCGAGUUGUUAUCCGAUGCCGAGUGUUGGAGAUAAGGAGGGUUUUGGUGAAGCUGAGAUUGGGAUGAAGAUUGCUUGUGGGAUGGAGAUGAUGUAUCAGGAGAGGAAGAAGGAAGGUGGGGAAGGUGGGAGAGGGAGAGGGAGAGGGUUUGGUUGGAGUAAGUAUAAGGAGAGUCUUGAGAAGAGUGGCUAUUUUGAAGGUUUGGUUUGUGGGUCUAAAGAGUAUAAGAGGUUGUUGGAGAAUGCUGAGGUGUAUUAUCAGAAGAGUUCAUCUUUUUCAAGAACAAGAGAGGUUAUGAGUGAGCCUGUGAGACGUAUUGAUGAGAUUCUUGCUAUGCCUUACUCGGAGGAUGAUUUCAAGGGUCAGGAAGUUGGUGUUUCUGAUGAUGAUUCUUGGCUUUACGAUGGUGAGGAUGAGUUGAACUCUGUUCUUGAAGAGAGGCAGAAGGAGAUGGAGUUUUAUAACGCGAAGAAGGAGAGGAAACAGAAGGGGAAGGAGAAGGAGAAGGAAGAAGGUGGGAGCUCGGGUGAUGGAAAUGUGAAUAAUUUUGAUCUUGGUGAUAUCUCAAAGUCUAUGGAACAGUUUAUUCAGAAGGUGUCGAGUUACAAAGGAGCAGAAGUGCCAGAAAACAGGGAAUUUAAAGAAGUGAAUCUUGAUGUCGACCGUUUCAUGAAAGAUAUUGAGUCGAUGUUAGGAGGUCAAGAACAAGGUGAUGAUGAUGAGAGUGAUGGCUCAGAAGGAUCUUCCAUGGACAUGGAUUUUGAAGAUGAUAGCGAAGGAGAAGAUCCUAACGAUGAUGAUGAUGAGAAGGAAGCCUUUAUGGAGUCAUACUCUGGAGCAAUGAAUGAGGAGCUUAAGAACUCAACUCUUGACAAGAGCUUUGAACAUGUGAAUCAACCUUCUUCUAAGCAAAACGGGGAAUCAUCAAAGACUUCAGAAGAUGAUGAUGAAUUCACACCAGUUGAUGCAGAUUUCAACCUGGUUAAGAACUUACUUGAAUCCUACUCUUCACAACAAGGUCUUCCUGGUCCUGCUUCCAAUUUACUCGGCCUCAUGGGUUUGCAGCUCCCAAAGGACUCCAACGACAAGUAG